AUGUCCGCCAUUCUCGAUACUUUUACCUCACAACAAAAUCCAACCUUGCGUAUUGCAGCAGCCACAAGUGGUGCAGCAGCAGCUAUUCUUGGUGCGUUGGCUCUCAAAUACAAUGAUCGAGCCGUCUUUAGGGAGCGUCCCAAAGGCGUCACUUUUGUUCCCGGUCAUCCACUCAUUGGUACUCUUUGGAUGCAACUCUCCAACAAGCACCGAAUCUAUGAUGCUCUUUUGGAAAACUUUGAGAAAUACGAUGCCGUAACCAUUGCCGAUUCCGUGAUUUUCAUGCCCCCUGCAGUCUUAUCUGUCAGCCCAGAGAACAUUGAAUAUGUUUUAAAGACCAACUUUUCAAACUAUGUCAAGGGGCAACAAAUGAGAGACGCCUUGGGUGACCUCUUUGGCCAUGGCAUUUUCGUAGCCAACGGCGAAGGAUGGAAGUACCAAAGAAAAACGGCUUCAGUUUUAUUCAACGUUGUCAACUUUAGAGAUCAUUUUACAGAUGUCUUUGUCAAGGAGCUUCAUGUAAUGGCCGAGCACAUCUUUGAUAAGAAAGCUGAUAAUGGCAAGACGGUCGAUUUCCAUGAUGUGAUGCACAAGUUUACGCUCGAUUCAUUUGUGCUUAUUGGAUUUGGCUCACAAUUGAAUGGAUUGUUGAGCAAGAGAAAAGUUCCUUUUGCUGAAAGCUUCGAUAUCUGCCAAGCCAAUUGCCUCGAUCGAUUCAUUGACCCCUUCAAUGGGCUGAAAGAAUUCCUGCAUCCCAUCUUGAGUCCUCACACGCCAUCGAUUCGGCAGCACCUGAAAAUCAUUGACGACUUUGCUUAUCGCAUGGUAGCUGAACGUCGUGCAGAGGGAGCCGUGCACAAGGACCUUUUGUCUCGGUUCAUGAAUACUCAUAAUGAUCGUGGGGAGCCAUUGAGCGACAAGGAAUUACGUGACACAGUGCUUAACUUUAUUAUUGCGGGACGCGACACAACAGCACAAGCACUUUCAUGGACGUUUUACAAUUUGAUGCUUCACCCACGUGUCGAACGCAAAUUAUUGAAUGAGAUUAAGGAAUGCAUCCAUGAAGAACACGAAUCUAAUUCGCCAGCAUUAUACGAGGCUAUUCGAAAAAUGACCUAUGCUCAUGCUGUGUUUUAUGAAGUAUUGCGUCUGUAUCCCUCAGUUCCAAGCAAUGUCAAGGUUGCACUAGAAGAUGAUAUCCUGCCCGAUGGUACUCCGAUGCGAAAAGGAGACACUUUUACUUGGUCACCUUAUUCACAAGGCCGUUCAACACGCGUUUGGGGUCCAGAUGCCAAAUCCUUCCGCCCUGAAAGAUGGAUCGAUGAGGAGGGUAACGUACGACGUGAAAACCCUGGUCAAUGGCCUGCUUUCCAUGCUGGCCCUCGUGUUUGCCUUGGUCAAAACCUUGCUACCCUUGAAGCUCUUGUGGCCAUUGUCUUUUUAUUGAAGCGCUACAAGUUCACCCUCGCCCCUGAUCAAGAAGUCACUUAUGAACCAUCAUUGACAUUGCGUAUGCUUAAUGGCAUGUUCGUUCAUAUUGAACAUCGUACAGACUUUUAG